UCUACCUCCUGUGUGUUUAUUGAUCCACGGAUUUUUAAUUCCAAUUGCGUUAUUUGAUUCAAUGGAUGUGUACGUUUCCUUGUUUUUCUUUCUAUUAGUUCCGUUCGAUUUCGUGAAUAAUGUGUUCUUACUUCCGCCAAAGUUAUUUUGUGUUUUGGUUCGAUCAGUGGAUCGUUUGAGUGUGUGUAUUCUUGGGUGAGUCUUCUUUUGAUUUUACAUGUAAUAAGAUAUUUGAAUAUGCUAGAAACAUCGAACUCUAUAUAUAAAUCUGCUAACUUUCACUAUGAAAAUUUAUUGUUAUCUGUAAAAAUCAUAACAAAUCAUUAGUUCAUACAGUAUGUUUUUGAAAAACUGGAGAUGCAUGCUAUGAAAUUUUAUGACAAAAGCAAACUGUGAUAUAUUAAUGCUAAGGUAUCUAAAAUCUGGUCUUUCCAAAACUGGUCUCGUUCUAGACAGGAACAUCCCAAUGAUUUUCAGAAAUUCAAAUAAAAUAUAUUUUAUACCCAAUUCAAUUGGUUCUUGAUUCAUUGGAAUGACAAGACAUUUAUCUAAAACUUUUGUUUAGAUAUACUCUUCUAAAACCUACUUGAAGUGUGAGAAGAUGUUGCAGUCUUAAACAUGUGAAGUGCUGAAACAAGUGUCGUCCGAUUUAGAAAAGUUAUGAGUGGGAAAUUCCGAGUCUACUUUUGGAUUUGAUUUACUUUAUGUUUUUGGUUUUAUAUCUUUUGUAAGAGUUCAUAGAUGAAGUUACGUUAAUGGUUUACUAACUCGUAUGGUCGUACCAGUUAAACUCCUUUUCAAUUUGUAAAUCCUUCCAUAAAUUGUGUUCUAAAAUAUAAAGCUUUAAGGGGAAUAGUCGAUAUUCUUGUUUAGUCAAAUGCCUCAUGACUUGUUUUGUAAUUAGAACAAUUUGUUAUUCAUCUUAGUUUGAUCGCAUGUGACGUGACGUACUUUCGUAGUUUAUGCGUUAGGGUAUCGAGCUACUAACCACCUGUGGUGGUACCAUAUGCACGUCAUUGUGGCGAUGACAUGACACCAUCCGUGGCGGUUUGAUCAACCCACGACGUCUCCUUUUGAUUUGUGCUUUGGUGAGAGCUAGCCUUGGUGUGACGGAGAUUUUUGUAGGAGGCGUAUGGGUGUUCAAGGGGAAACUAAGGAGUAAGGGAUUCAAAGUGUCCUCAUAUCUAAGAGUUCUUGUACUGCUUGGUAUCUCAAGACUCUGCUAUUACCGAGUCCUUGGUAAUGAAUGCAGAAGAGAAACUGGUGCAACCUGAUAUUAUAAAGGAACAGGAUGCUGCAAUCAGCUAUUCAAGGGAUAGUCCUAGUCACUCAGGAACCUUCAAUGUGGCUGGAGAUCUCACUGUCUAUCCACCCAAUAUUUGUGCCCCCCUAGCACAUACAAUGUACUAUAAAGGUUUUGAAAAUGCCUCUGGUAAAUGGGAUGAAUACUCUCCAUUCAUUAACACCGAAACACUGGAUACUGCUGGAUCUCCUACCAUGUAUACAGACAAUUCCCUUGUGUUUCACACGGGUUAUGGCUACAAUUCACAAAUGCCGUAUGGUCCAUAUUCUCCGGUCACCACACCUCUCCCUUCUGUGGGUGGCGAUGCUCAGUUAUACUCCACUCAGCAAUAUACAUUCCCUGGAUCACCAUAUUAUCAGCAUCCUGGUCCUCCUACCCUGCCAUAUAUUACUUCGCCAACUCCAGUUUCACAGCCAGAGUUGAACUCUUUGGUGAGCAGUGAACAUGUUGAUGGAGUGCUGUAUGGUCCAAGACCUGGUUAUUCAUCACCACUAGGUUCUCUUGGCAGAGGCAAUUUUUCUGUAAAUCCUUCUGGGAGACUUGGUUUUCAGGAUUCACAGCAGAAUAUGGAUGCACUCAGAACUAGAGGCCUUUGGUCAGACUGGCCAGGACAAUCAGAUAGACAGAGAUCAUUUGUGCCAGUAUCGCCGUCCGUAUCUCCUCAAGCAAUUAGCAGUUUUGGCUCCUUCCAGCAGAACUUUGGAUCGACAUCUCAGCAGCCGCCGUCUUUCUAUGGGUUUGGAUCUGGAGCAAGCUCUUACGAUAGUGGCUAUCUGAACAGUGGUCUCAAUCCUGGCCUUGGCUUUGGGAAUUCAUCAAUCUCCAAUAUAGGAACAGAUGGUAGAGGGUGGGCUUCUCUUGACAACGGCAGAAGACGUGGUAGGGGUAAUGGUCCUCUUUGCAGUUGUAGCGGAACUCUUGAUAUUCUUAGUGAGCAAAACCGUGGACCAAGGGCCUCAAGACCAAAAGGUCUGUUGGCAAGUGAAAACAAUCCUCCAGCUGGUGGUAAUAAAAGCACCUUAUCCUAUCUCAAGACCAUUGAUGCAUCCUAUAAUCUCCCAGAUUGUGUCUCAGACUCAGAGUAUAGUGAUGCUAAGUUUUUCAUCAUCAAAUCUUACAGUGAAGAUAAUGUCCACAAAAGCAUCAAAUACAGUAUUUGGGCCAGCACAUCUAAUGGAAAUAGGAAAUUAGAUGCUGCAUAUCGUGAAGCAAAGGAGAAGCAAUCUGCUGUUCGCAUAUUUCUUUUUUUCUCGGUGAAUGCCAGUGGUCAAUUUUGUGGUGUGGCUGAAAUGAUUGGACCUGUUGAUUUUGACAAGAGUGUCGACUACUGGCAGCAAGACAAAUGGAGCGGGCAGUUCCCAGUUAAGUGGCAUAUCAUCAAAGAUGUUCCUAACAGUCAGUUUCGCCAUAUAGUACUCGAAAAUAAUGACAACAAGCCGGUGACAAACAGUCGAGAUACACAACAGGUGAAAUUUGAGCAAGGUAUUGAAAUGCUGAACAUUUUCAAGAAGUAUGAGACUGAUAUGUCGAUCCUAGAUGACUUCGAGUUUUAUGAAGAGAGACAGAAAGCCAUGCAAGAACGUAAAGCAAGACAGGUGGGAAAUGGAACCGAAAAUAAAAACGUUGUGAAUGAUUUCAUCAGGCAGAUGUCCAAGAGUUUUUCUGAGGUUGUGCGACUGGACGAGAAUGACAGAGGUGGUGCCGCUUUAGAUGCUUCCAUGUCAAAGGCCAUAACAGCUGCUGAGACAAAUUAACAAAUGUUGGUUAAUACACUUUCUUCUUAUUAGGCUGAUUAGAAGACAUGAAUGAAAGGAAAGCUCUUGUGAGUUAUGGGCUUAAUGGGGUUAGUGUAUAUAGCUUUCUGUUUCUGCUUGCUUUUUGGUUGAUGAUUUCUUUUGCUUCUAAUCAAAAUGGGCUUGGCUUUCUGCAAGUAAAAGUCCUCCCUCUUUAAGUUAAAAAAAAGGGUUGUUGAAGAUGAAUUCAAAUGAAUAAAUAUAAUUCUUUGGUUCGUUAUUGUUUUGUUUUUGUUUUUGUUU